GAAAGAAUCAUAGAUAAUCUUGUAUAUAUAUUUGGUCAACCAAAAUAAAAAAAAUCAAACGUUCUACACUCUGAACUGUGACCGUCAGCAAAAAUAUUAUAAAGUAAGUUUAAAUCUAUAUCGAGUACCAAAGUAUUAUGCUUUCCCACGUCCCAAACGAAGAAUCAGGUGGGUGCAUUGUCUGUUCCUCAUCGACCGUUGAAUCUUCAGUCUAACACCCAAUCUAACGGUCUAAAACCACAUAACACAGAAAUUUAAUUUUUUAUAAACUUUCCCCUCUAAUUUACCAAUCCCUCAUUUCUUCUGAUUCUCAAAAUUCCGAUUAACCGGAAAGAUGAAUCACAGCCGUCGACGGGGAGUUUGAACGGUCAGAUGUCGAUUUUGAAUGAGAUCGUAUCCGUCGCCGUUGGUUUCUACAAACGUAUUCAAGCUCUGAUGUCUAGUGACCAAUCACCACCCGUUGAAACUCCGUUGCUUCAUCAAGAACAACCUCCGCCAGACGAAGAAGACGACGACCUCAGUCAAACACUGCAAAGGCUAGAGAUGUUUCUGGCGCUCCUCGGGUUUAACCAGUCGUCAACGCGAAGCCUUGUCUUGUCGUGGAUCGUGUUUUUGACGAUCGGUUUGGUGCUUCCGGUGACAGUGUUGGAGUUAGGACAUUGUAAAGGGUGUGAGAGGUAUCAGAACAAGAGCUUUGAGCUCAACAUCGUUGUCUCGCAGGCGUGUCUGGCUGGUGUGUCUCUGCUCUGCGUUUCGCAUAACUUGAGGAAGUAUGGGAUUAGGGAGUUUUUGUUCGUUGAUCAACUCAGUGGUCGUAUGGGACGCCUCAAGGAUCACUAUAUGCAGCAAAUCUCGAACUCUGUGAAACUGCUUGGACUAUGGUCGCUCAUAUGUGUUGUUCUGAAAGCUGUUCGAGAGAUUAUUCGGAUGUUAUAUGUACCUCAUGACCAGCCGUGGCUAUCUGUUUUUAUCCUCUUAUCUAUGAUCUUAUCAUGGACUUACUUAAGCACUAUAUUUCUAGCUGCAAGCUCCAUGUUUCAUUUGGUCUGCAACUUGCAAGUCAUUCACUUUGAAGAUUACGCAAAGCUCUUAGAUGAGGAGUCCGAAAUCUCCUUUUUCAUCGGCGAGCACACUAAUUUGCGCCGUUACCUAUCCAAAAUAAGCCAUAGGUUCCGCAUCUUUCUGGUUCUGCAGUUUCUGGUUGUUACAGCUAGCCAGUUCACUACACUUUUCCAAACCACUGCGUACAGUGGGCGUAUCACUUAUAUAAACGGUGGUGAUUUUGCUGUCUCGGCGGUGGUCCAAGUUGUUGGAAUCAUAUUAUGUCUACACGCAGCAACGAAGAUAUCUCACAGAGCUCAAGCAAUAGCAUCAGUUGCAAGUAAGUGGCAUGCGCUAAUUUCUUGCUCAUCUACGGAUUCAACUCAAAUAAGAGCUUCUCCGAGUGGAGUUCACUUGGAAGCCACCACGAAUCCACCCAUCUCCUUUCGGAUUUCCAAUUCAGAAAGUGAUAUGGAAUCAAUGGAUCACUACAUGCGGAUGCCUGCUUGUAAUAACAGCCACUUUCCUUCAUACAUGUCCAUGUCUUCAUAUCACAGAAGACAAGCUUUCGUGUUGUAUUUGCAGAUGAAUCCAGGUGGGAUAACGAUAUUCGGAUGGACAGUAGACAGGCAUCUGAUUAACACAAUAUUCUUCAUUGAGCUCUCUCUUGUUACCUUUGUACUUGGGAGGACUGUAGUUUUCACUUCUGAAUGACCACAACAAAAACAAAGGUUUGGUGUAUCAUACACAGUUUCUUUUAACCCUUUUGCCACAUAUGUAACAUUUUUAAUUUUUUUUGAGAGGAGAAGAAACUUGUCAUGAGCUUCUAUUAAUUUGCUUACGUGUACAGUGUAUUAUAAGCUUUUAUUGGCGAGGCUUUGAUUGAUUUUUUCUUAUACACCUCAAGUCUUCGGUUUUUUUCUUCUCGUAUGAAUGCGAUUGGAAGAUCAUUAGUUAUUAGACCAUAAAACCAAAAUUAUAUCUCUGGUUUGUGAUUAGGUGUCUUGCCACUUACUACUUAAGUCCACCUGUUCCUUGUAACCCGUAGGUAGGGAUGUUGUCAUGGGCAAAAAAACCCGGCCCGGCCCGAACCCAAACUAAACCCGCCCAGAAAAUACCCUAAACUAUAAAACCCGAAAAGAACCCGGUACUAUUAGGGUAACUCGCGAAAAACCCUAGAACUUUAGGGUUACCCACGGGUACCCGAAAAAACUCUUUUUUGAGUUUUGUGGUUUUUUAGUUAAAGUUUUAUAGUUUUAACUUAAAUUUAUAUGUAUUGAAUAUUUAAUUUUAAUCAUGUUUUGUAUUAAAUUUGAUUAAUUUUCAAUUAUCAAAUUUAUUUUCUGUAUAAAGUAACAAAUAAAAUUUUCAUCAUUCAUAAUUUUCAAUUUGCAAAUUUAUACUAUAUCCAUAAUGUAAGUAAAUAAAUAAGUUAUAGAGAGUGCAAAAUUUAAUAGUGGGCAUUGUAUGUUUUGAUU